AUGAUUCCUGUAGGAGUGUCUGAUCCACGCAUAAUUCCUGACAAUUGGAUGACAGCUUCUUCACAAGAUGCUGAACGUUGUAGACCAGCUAAUGGUCGACUUAACGGUACAAGAGGUGAUGGAUGGUGCACAGUGGUGGAUAAUAGCACCACUGACUGGCUGCAGGUUGAUAUGGGAACCACAAUUCAGGUGUGUGCUGUAGCAACUCAAGGAGACGUAAACGGUGAUGAACGGACUACAGUCUUUAAGCUGUCUUAUUCAUCAGAUGAAAAGAACUGGACGACUUACAAAGAUUUCAACGGCACUGACGUGGUGAGAACUUUUGGUGCUUUUCAGUUCAAUAAAAGAGAGAUGUUUUGAAGAAUCAUGCUGCCAGCAACCAAUUCAGCUAUAAUGACGAAGUCACAGAGAAAGUUUUUGUAUAUGUGGACUCCCAAUUGUUUGCCGAAAUGUUUUCUUUCUAUAAAAGUCUUUGUAGGGAUUGGCAACAAUCACAAUUAUUCCACUGUAUGCAAUUGGUCAAAUAUUGGCAUUUUUUUCUGAAAUUGAAUUAGUUAAGAGCUUUCUAAGUUCUCUCCUUCACAAAUCAUUUUAAGAUGAGUAGCAGGCUAGUUCAGCUGGAUUUUACGUAUAUAUUUUCUUUUAGGAAUUUCAUAGGAAAGGCAACAGCGAAACAACUGAUUAUCACAUUCUAUUUCAUGAAGUCGCUGCGCGAUAUAUUCGUUUUCAUCCAAUCAAGCAGGAAUCACAGAACUGCCUCCGAGUUGAGGUAUAUGGUGCUAAAGGUAUGUAUGGUGAUAGUUAUUAUUUUUUCCAGAUCAUUAUUUAUUGGCAAAGUAUUUGCUUUUGAAAAAAAAAAGUGUUUGCUUUUGUUACUCUUUGAGCGUUUUGUUCAAGUUUGGAGUGAAUCACUAAUAGAAAACCAGAGAAUUUGACGAUUUGGCAUUUCAGCAAGACACCCGUACCGAACCAAAUACUAUUUUCGGAGCCUGCAGGACAUCAAUGAUAAUGUUAGUUAUUUCAUUUGUGGCUGCCAGUAGAGUGUCGGUUGGUUACAGUACUUUUAGCCUCCAAUACAUCGGUCAGCAAGCAGCGGAAAUGAGCCUGCAGUCAGCAGGCAUGUGGGGGCGUGGAUGCGAGGGCUGGGUUCGAGUUUGGUCUGGUCGCCUAUUGCCUGAGGUCUACUUUAUUCGGAAAAUGUUCGGAAAUGGUCGGAAAUGGAAUUUCUGUCCACUUAUGCGAACAUUUACGAGAGUACGCAUGUGCACUAUAAUGGAAAGAUUUGUACCUGCGUUUUAGCGGAGCUCCACGCGCGCGAAGCGCGCGCGUGGGCGGAGCCCCAUUACUAAGGAAAUCUACCCAUCCCAGAAAAUUUGGUAAUCACGUGACCGACCGACCGACCGACCGACCGUCUGUCCGCACCACAGGCAUACCAAUGUUUACUCUCACACUUUCUAGCUACUUUGGGAGCCCAGGAGAAAGCUGAUUGCACAUCAAUGUUGUCAUCAAUUGACAGCUGUCAAAACAGGGUAUCCGCUGACCACUAUCACCUGACCGAAUGGCGGGCUCAGGUGUCGACCCAUCGAGGUCGAGUAUUUUUUUUAAGUUAUCCGCUGACAAUUUACUCGUUUUCAAAUGAUCGCAGGCUCACGUUUACUUUUGCUUUAAACUCAUAUCAAAUAUGUUGUGUUUAUGUCAGUAUCGGCCCGCACUAUUACGAUUUUGAUUUCAACCUGACUUCAGACGCAAAAAUUCAGCCAGUGUUUUUAAAAUACAGGCGGGAAGACCUUUUCUUACCAUGGGCACGUGUUGGUCACGCUCCACGUCCAAUUUUUAUGCUCUGAUUGGUUAAAAUUUGACAGGUGAGUUCAUGCGUAAAAUUUAUGCAGCAUCUUGAAAGUUGUUUACUUUGACAGCUGAAGCUGACAGAGUUUUGAGUCAACUUGUGAUGUUUUUAACUGUCUUUUUCCACUGGAUGUACAAAAUGAAAUACAGCUGCUAUCAAGAGUGUUCUCUUAUUCAUGGCUGGUUUGUUUAUUGGGUUUUUGGUUGAAAAAUGCGUCGCUUGUCAAAGCCGAUAAUCCGAUUUCGGAUGGCAUCGUUUUUGUUUUUCACCUUGCUGGAUGCGUACGAGAAUUAUAAAGGCUCAAGCGAUCCAUGCCUUACUUGAUAGCUUUCAGGAGCUGCAUCUCGAAAUAUGGUAAGCCUGAGUAAUUAUUGUAUUUAGAACUAAUUUCAUGAAGUCCAGCGGCGCAGUUUAUGAAGCUAGUUUAUGCACGUUUGUAUUAAGAUUUGACUGAGACACUGAUCUGACCUCGUAUGAGGUUUGAUAUAAGCUUAAGCUUACAGAACUUUAAAAAGCCUUUAGUCGAUAUUAAUUCACCUUAAAUAAAAACAAAAAACUUUCCGAAGAAUAUUUAGUUAUAAUUUUGGCUGUAGAAAGAAAGCUUUGAACGAUUUUCUUUUCGUGAGUUCAUCUUUGAAAACAGCCAACACCGGGAAACCGGCGGCUUAAAACAUAAACUUUAACAGUCCGGAAUAUCCCUAAAUUUAAGGACAGGGCCAACUGGUCACGCGACACUUUUCAACCAAUGAGAGGGCGCGCUUGUGUUUAUCAACAAACAAAUCAAAACAUCGCGCCAGUGAUCAAAAAUUUUCAAAACAACGGACGGAGUCGGACAGAAUUAAAGAUGAGCUUACAGUACUCGUCUAGGUUUCACAUUUAAUAUUUCAAAGAAAACAUUUCAUGUAAGAGAAUAAGAGCAUUAUUCACUGCAAGAAAUCAUUGGGCUGUUCUAAACGAUUCCGGACCGAUCGCAGAGGUCGUGGCUUCACUGGCAUGGCUUGCAAGAUUUUUGAUGGAAGCAAACUGGUCCCGUGUAAAAAUAGCCUUAGAAAGAGAGCGUGAAAAUUUGUUGAGAUCGUACAAAACAGGAUUGGUACUACCUAUUAACUUCUGCAGGACAAGAAUCAAAGAAUCAGUCACCAUAACAAGAAUAGAAAGUAGUUCAAAUUUAUUAAUUUUUCUUGUUUGUGUUUCGUGUUGUUUCGUGUUGACUUCACGCAUCUGGUGCUUUCUUUGCUUGCUGUAGUACCUGCAAUGUUUUAAUUUUAUCCCAGAUAAUCAGUGCAUGUUCAAUGAGUAGCGAAAUACAUCAUUUACAAUUGAGAUUUGCCUUGUUUCCUUGAUUGUUUUUUAACGGUGGAUGAACAUUUGAGCCAACAACAUUAAAUCUUUCCAGAUUAGUGAAUUUCAGAAACAAAGCGGUUAGUAUCUACCUUGCGCUUAUGAUCUUCAAUUUCAUCCCCGCAAAUUCGGCAAAGUGAGGCGAAAUGUUGGACGUGAAUAUCCAUAAGACGAACAAAGUUGUUUUGGCCUUGAAAAGGAAAAAGGCAAAGGCUCGUACUAAUGCGAAAAAAAGUAAUAACACGGCUCUGUGAGAAACCCGGGAGUGAAAAACGUACGUGUUUUGGACCUCGGAAUUCAAAAAUUGUCUACCAAAAUUCUAGGUUGUCUACCAUCCCCACAUUCAACAUGAUAAAAGUUAAUCGAUAUGACAAUCGAGGAAAAAUAUCUAGAACUUAGUAAAAAAUCUGUGAAUCGAAAAAAUAAUAGACACUUGUUCACCUACCUUGAAAACCGACCCAAAUCUCGCCUAUACAUCUCGUUGUGCAAAGGAUAAAAGAAGAAAUAAGCCACAAAAUGUGCUGAAUAUUUCACGAGACACGGCUUCCGAUACGCUGUCCACUUAAAAAAAUUGUGAAUGCCUCAUGAAAAGACUUUAAAAUAUGCCUGAGAGCCUCGAAACAAUGAGUUAUUCUGUCCGACUCCGUCGGUUGUUUUGAAAAUUUUUUAUCACUGUGGCGAUCUUUUUAUUUGUUUGUUGAUAAACACAAGAGCGCCCUCUCAUUGGUUGAAAAGUGUCGCGUGACCAGUUGGCCCUGUCCUUAAAUUUAGGGAUAUUCCGGACUGUUUAAGCUUACUAGUAAAGACUUGAGGAUUCUUAGACACACUUAAAUACUCAUUUGUUUUCGUGAAUGAAAAUUGUUGUCUCUGUAAAUGUUCUAUCGAAUUAUUUUUCUUUAUUGAUUUUUGGUAGUCUCAAAAGUGUAAUUUUCAUCGCUUUGGCGUUUGUUUUCAGGCGUUCAUAAACAUCGUUCGCAGGAGUACUCAAAACGCCAAGCGUAUCAAACGCUUUUUAAGAUUACACAUCGUUAUAAAACCGUUAAUAAAAAAUAGACUCAGUAAAUUCUUUAUCACGUUGAAGCGUGAUUCUUUUAAAAUUUCUUCGCAAAUUUGGCGCUUGUCAAAUGUUAGAACCGGCUGGCCGCAUAGGUGAUUUUGGAAAUUUUUUGAACGGUUUCGCUAAUUAAAAGUCCACGCGUGCCUCUAUGGUCCUGAAUAUUGAAUGAAUGCAAUUUGUCUUGAAAAAUUGUGAAAUACUGCAUUUUGUACGAGGUCUGUAUGAUAAAAACAGCGCCUCAUAGUACUCUUUCUCCUCAGAUGUGGUGUAUAAAAAAAAAAUAAAAGAUUGGUUUGCACGCACCCAGAUUUAUUGGCAAGAAUUUGUAAACUUGUCGAACGCAAAAAAUUCGGUCUGAUUUGUUUUCCAAGAAUUUGUUUUGCACGCCUUAUCUACGGUGAUCGAGAGCCAUCUUUGCUCUUAAAUGUGGCCGAAGACUAUUUUUUGGGUGUACAUAUAAGGCUAUAUCAACUCGAUACAAAAUUUGUUUCACUCCAAAAUCACUUAGCUUUUCCCUCAAAAGUCACAUGAAUGUGCCCUUACGUUAACUGAUUUGUGGAAUACAAAAUUAUUGUUUGAUUUAAGUUAUAAAUUUAUCAAUGGGAGCUUCGCUUUUAGCUGUGGCUAAAUAUAUAUAUUAUUAAUAAACGAAACCCAAGUCACAUUUACGUGGGAGUGAAUUUUUUGUCCCCUCAUGCGAACUUUGACAAGAGAACGCAUGCACAUUGAGACAUCUUGUCAACAAAUUUACCCUAAAUGUUUUUCUUCAAAGUUGCGAACUUGUGGGAGUGAGAUUGGAUAGUAAGCAUGCGCAUUUCAACAUCUUGUCCAAACACGUACCAAAGACGUUAUUUUACAAAGCCGCUAAUGUUUGAGAGUUGAGCAUGUAUUGUCAACCUUCACCUGCGUUCGAGAGACUAGCAAUUGUCACAUCAACCCCAGAGUCUACACAAACCACCCACCGUACAACAUUCACUCCGCACUCAACUCAGUGCAAUAUAAUAUUUACGCUUGUAGAUCGCGCUUUGUUUUGUUCACCUAGAAAAAAUAUUUUUAUUUAACUGCAAUGCCGUAAGGCAAACAAAUGAAUAAUGAAGCCUUAAACUGAAGACAAGACAAAACGUUUAUUAGCAUUCUUUGGCAAGUACUGUUAUGGUAUUUAAGUGAUAUUAUCAUUCAAAGUCACGAAAAAGUACAAAUAAUAAUAAUAGAAAAAAAAUAGAGGAACAGUAUCAAUCUCCUGCCUUUCCUGGCAUUUUAGGAGAGGUUAACGCCUUGCAAGAGUGAAUCGUAGUAGCCGAACAAAAGCCAAAAGUAGUGGAUUAUAAAAAGCCAAUAGACAGACGUUAUUUACUAAGCUUCUGCACCGACCUUUUCUUUAAGUGACCUCUGUGAGAAAAUGUGAUGUUUAGUUGCUCGUUGUGGUAGUAAAGUGCACAUCGAAUUAAGAGAUAAGCAGACAACUACAAUGACGGAAACGCACAAGAAGACCUACUGUCAGAUGAAACAUCUGUCAGAGAAAAUGCAUUAUGAACCAGACCGCCCAUCAGCAUUAGAGGGGUGUGAACAAAUUUUAUCGUGCCACACGUCGUUUUGGAGUAAAACGGUCUCAAGUACUCCGUUGGCUCCAACAACAACCGGGUUAUGCUCUACACAGACCUGCGAGAAAACACUUUCGCCGCAACAAAGAAAUAGUAAAUUAUAUUGAUUCUCAGUGGCAGGCUAAUUUAGUGGACAUGCUAACUUGUAUCGAUAUCUUAUGCAAGCAUGCGUGGGUGAUUCCCUGGAAGUCAAAGACAAGCUCUUCAUUGAUAGAAGCCUUUAAAAAAACUUCAAGCGGGGAAGAAAACCAAAGAAGUUGCAAACAGAUGCCGGGUCUGAAUUCAAAAACAAAGCUUUUCAAACAUUCCUCAAAAAUGAGAAUGUGCAUCAUUUCGUGACAUACAACGAAACUAAAGCUCAAUUGGUUGAGCGCUUCAAUAUAUAGGACCUUGAAACAGCUGAUGUGGCGGAUGUUUACCACGACAAGCUUCUAUCAUUAUUUAGCCAAACUAACUUGACAGUUUGGUCAAUGGAAAUUAUUAUUAGUGUGUGAAUCGAAGUAUCAAAAUGAAGCCUGUGAUGUAAAUCGGUCCAAUGCGCAAGAUGUCUGGAAAAUCUUAUUUGAGCUAGACUCGAAAAAAAUGAAGUAUAGAUUCAAUUUAGGAGAUCAAGUCAAGAUCAGUAAGCACAAGCAAAUCUUUUAGAAAGGUUACUUGUCAUCCUGGACAGAGGAGGCAUUUACCAUUGCACAGAGAUUAACGCGAGAUCUUCCGGCCUAUCGCUUGAGUGAAGCAGACGGUUAUUUCAUCCAAGGGACCUUUUAUAAGCAUGAGCUACGGAAAGUGAUAGAAACUCCGGACCACCUGUUUCGUGUUGAAAAAGUUUUAAAGCUCCGAGGAAGAGGUGGAAACAAAAAGCACUGGUACACUGGAAUAUAUAUACGAUUCGUGGCUACCUUACAGGCAAGAGGUGGCACUGCAGUAGGCAUGUUUCAAGACAAUGACUUUUACAUAACAAUUCCCAGUAAUUCUAGUAGUAAUCUGUUUUUAACCAAUUCCAUGUCCUGUUACCGCGUCGCGUUACCCUGACAUGUUUAUUUCAAAAAUGGAGAGAAUUGGGAGGUGGACUACAUCUUAUUGUAUAUUCGUUGUUACGGUUGAACAUUCCUGGUGUGUGUAAGUAUUCUCAUGUCCUCCUCCAGCGUUCGGCUGACUUCAAACUGUCUACCCUGCCCGAGGGCAAAUAUCAAAAAUCCCUGGAUGCAAUCGAGGGAAUCCCACAGUGCUGUCUCACCGUCAAUAAAAACCGAAAUAGCAGUAGAUGAAGAAUAGAAUGUCACUUGGAACUCUGGAUGAACGGAUUCUGAUCACAGUACCAACUGCUCGAACGCUCAGUUGGAUAACAGAUCAAAGCAAAAUUAGCCUGGUGUCCAUUUGGAUAUGGAGGUCUCCAUCACCCAAAAACAAAAAUAUGGAAAUGAUUAGUGUGUCAUACCACCUGAAGCCAGCAUCAAAUGUGCCAGGAUUUUCAGUAUUCCUCUAUCAGUAUCCAUUUGUCCGUGUAAGGAGACAUUGUAACAAGUUCAAACCAACCUUUUAGAGCCGAGGCAAGUGGGUGAAAAGCGCUUAUCUCUCUUUAAUGAAAUGGUCCCGAAUGGUAAAUUUCGAGAAACGCUUCUCGAUGAAAAAGAGCAUGUUUUGUACUUACCGAUGCGUACAAAGAUAUCUCAAACCAUUGAAAUCUAUUUAACCGGUGGUUGUGGACAGCAAAUCUCAUUUUUAGACGGUACUGUCGACGUGAUACUACACUUUCGUCGUCAAAUACCACAAAAAAAGUUUUUACAUGGUGUUUCCAGUGAUGCAAACUUAGAACAGUAUCCCAAAAACAAUGUAGCUGAGUUUAAAUGCAAUUGUCAAGUCAAAUACACCUAACUGAAGAUUGGGAAGUAGCCAUGACGUGGGUAUACGUGGGUAAAUGUGCGAGACAAUGAGCUCUCCUACACCUUGAUUUGUAAGAUAAAAAAGGCCUUGCUCCCUGGACAUUAUCCAUCUAUCUGCCAAGUGGCAUUUACCGUACGGUUGAAUACGUUAGGGCUUCACAACUCUCAAUAGUUAUCUCAAUAGUGACAAAACAAUUUCAAGUCUGGGAGGAAACGGGUGCUUUUACAUACAAGAGAAAGCUCAAGAUUACUUUGAAUUAAUGUUGCCCUCUGGGCGGUACGUAGCUUUACCCAUGACAUUAGCCCGCGCCUUGGGGUACUUAAAUCACAAGUACCAGCUUCCUGUCCUCCAUCAAAUCAACAGGUGUUCUGUUGUGCAGUUAAUUGAAGAUCAGAGCCUCACUUUGCUAGCGACCACAACUACGCUCUCUAGAAAAGAACAGUUUUUUUGGGGGAAUACUCUCACUCGUAGAUGCCCAGGUCAGUGUGUUUCGCAUAGUUGUAGAAUGGGUUAACCAGGCGAUAUAGUGACAGAACAAGUGAAGCUACCAACUUAUCAACGCCUCCUUGCAUCUGUGUUUUUAUAAGUGGAAAUCUAUAUACAUUAUGUUGCCCAGUAUCCGGACGGUACCAGUAUCCAGACACUUAAAACAAAAACUCAAUUUUUGAGGCGCCCUUUUCAGUUAUCGGUAAACAAAGUAUUUCGAAUGAACGCUGAACAUUUCGGCUUUAAGAUGAAGGUUUUGGCGAGUUGAAAGCUUGCGAAGCGGUCGCAGAACACGCCGUUCUGUUCAGGUGAAUAAACAUUUCAUGGCUAAUAUUUACGCUGUUUACUGCGCAGUAAAAUUAGUGCUGCUCACAAAAGGGUAGGUAAUAUGUGAUACUUUCUAAGAAACGGUUUUAUAUUUAAAUUGAAGAUACUUAAAGAAGUCAGGUUCUCAGAAAGUUUGUUAAUACUUCUUGAAAUUCGAUUUGUUUGGAGCCCAGAAACAUUAACGGAGCCCAGAAACAUUCAAAAAGUAUUGAUGUCAGGUGCCCAGUAUCCGGACAGUUUUUUCUUUGCUGUACAGAAUCAAUGAAUUAGCUGCGUACAUUAUCCGGAUAAGAUUUAUUUCAUAUCUAUAACUGUAAUUAAAGCUUAGGAUAUAUGAUAUAGUCCUAAAAUGUAAUUCUACUCAACUCCGUACGGAAAUUUUCUUCACUCAUUCGGAGGCGACUUGAUUUCGCGUGCGCCGCUUGUUUCGUGUGACUGCAUUUUCUAUAUAUAGCCGAAAGCGUCGGAGUUGAACCUGGAAUUCUCAUACUUUUCCCAGUUGUGACUGCUAGAAUGAGGUUGCAACGGUCUGAAAAAUGUCACAAAGGGAUUGAGAGAUGUGAAAGAAGGAGGAAAUAGUGCUUGAAAAGCAGGCUUACUGUAGGGUCUGUAGGGACUAAGCAUGAAGAAAUCAACACUGCAGGUCAGACUAAAUAGGAGAGUGACCUUUGACCGUCGCAUUGAGGUCCCUUCCCCAACGUGUGGCAAGAGCGAAACCAGUUAGUACCCACCAAAACAAGAAACGGAGAUCACCCUCUUCAACGUUCAAGACCGUUUUUGACCAGCCAUUGCUUCAGCACACUCACUCUCUGCCCCAGGAGAAAACUCAUGCCUACAACUGUUUCAACUACCUGUAACAGAUGGUCCAUUAUCGACAGUAAAUGGGUGGAUUAUGGACCAGUCCAAUCUGGAACCAAUCCGGUCGAGUUUGUCAUCAAUCCCUUAGCAGAGUACAUUAAUAUUGAGAAGACAGCUUCGACUCUCUCUACCAGCUAUCUAAACGUUGACAAGAACCCCGACAUAUUCAAGGAUUAUCAUACAGAGACCGAUUUUUUAACGGUCUUGUGCCUCAGUGCCUCAUUUUCGGAAAGGUGAGAAAAGAUGCCUUCAACGGAAGCCUUACAAGAAGUCCUUUCAACUUCCAUCUAUUCGGCUUAAGUACCAUUUGACUAACUGUCAAUGGAGAAGAAACACCCAACUGUGCUCUAGACUUAACGGGUUGAAAAAAGGUUGAUGGGUAUAACACACUGUUUUCAGGAAGUGGAGAUAUGAACUAUGGCCACGGUCUUGAUUUCGAUAGAGAAUAUUUGGAAAACGCAUACGGAUUGUUCCGUUUCGAUUUAACACCAGCUGCAAGUGGACACCCUAAUUACUUAGUUCCCCGUCGAACUGAUAACGUCUACCUGUACCUGAAAUUCGACACUCCGAAACCAAUUGUGUACGCAGAGUUCCAGAAUCAGU